UAGUGAUGCCUGUGAUACUUGCCAAUUAGCAACGAGUGACCUCACCGAAUCCUCCCAAAGAAUAUUUCAAGAUAAAAGAAGAUAAAUCCAGACUCUCCUUCAACGAACGGCUCACAACACUCCUACACAAACGCAUUAACUGCCUAAGCAUGCGGAACGCCCGAGACCUUCAACCCCGGCGGCUUCAUUCGCCAAACCAAUGACCCUCACCCAAAUCCAAACCCGAAUUCAGUCUACCGAGCCUGACAACCUUCCCCGGAAGCCCGCCGGAGCCACCGCAAUGAGACUUAUAGUGCCACUUCAAGGUGUAGUCCAAGGCAGAGGAGGCCUAAUAUUAGGUUCUCUAAUCCCUUGCGCUCUCUUUUACUUUUUCCAGCUCUAUUUCAAACGACAUCGUUCUCCAAAUCCUUCUUCGAACCCUCCGUCGCCUUCCGCUUCAUCUCCAAACCUUGCUGAGAUCCCCAGGACGUCUUCGCGGUCCAAUUUAUCGAGCCGGGGAUCGUUUAGCCAGGGACGGGCAUGUAUAUCGAACCGGGCGAUGUCCAUUGCGAAGCCUAAUGAUUCUCCUUAUUAUAUUGGGCUGGAUAAGGUUUCGGUGAAUCCGUAUGACAGAAGAAGCAAUCCGGAUGGGAUUAUUCAGCUUGGGUUAUCUGAGAAUAGAUUGUGUUUAGAUUUGAUUGAGAAAUGGAUGGCGAAUAAUCUCAGGGAUUCUGUAGUUGGAACAGACGGUGGUGAUCUGAAUAUUCAUGGUAUCGCGACAUACCAGCCGUUCGAUGGAUUGAUGGAGCUAAAAGUGGCUAUGGCAAAUUUCAUGUCUCAGGUUGUGGGAAGAGCAGUCUCAUUUGAUGCAUCACAGAUCGUAUUAACUGCUGGUGCAACUCCUGCAGUUGAGAUUUUAUGCUUCUGCUUGGCAGACCAGGGAAAUGCAUUUCUUGUUCCAACGCCAUAUUAUCCUGGAUUUGAUAGAGAUAUGAGAUGGCGAACAGGAGUGGAGCUAGUACCUGUUCACUGCCGCAGCACUGACAAUUUCAUAUUAAGUGUCCCUGCUCUUGAGGAAGCUUACAAUCAGGCUAGAAAACGAGGAUUAAAAGUUCGUGGAAUAUUGAUUUCUAACCCUUCAAAUCCUGUUGGCAAUUUACUGCCACAAGAAACACUCUUUGACCUUCUAGACUUUGUCCAAGAGAAAAACAUCCACAUUAUUUCUGAUGAAAUAUUUGCUGGGUCUGUGUAUGGAAAUGGUCAAUUUGUGAGUAUGGCGCAAAUUCUAGAGGAAGAAGAUUUUGACAAGAAUAGGAUUCAUAUUAUAUAUGGUCUCUCAAAAGAUCUUUCUCUUCCAGGAUUUAGGGUUGGGGCCAUCUACUCCUACAACGAAAACAUCUUAACUGCUGCUAAAAGGUUAACUAGAUUUUCUUCUAUUUCUGCUCCAAGCCAGAGGCUGCUAGUUUCCAUGCUUUCAGAUACAAGAUUCAUCGAGGAAUAUAUUGACACUAAUAAAAGGAGGAUUAGGAAAAUAUAUGACUUAUUUGUUGAAGGGUUCAAGCAAUUAGGAAUCAAGUGUGUAGAAAGUAGUGCUGGCUUGUACUGUUGGGCUGAUAUGGGUGAACUAAUGAACUCUUACAGUGAGAAAGGAGAACUUGACUUAUGGGAUAAACUGUUGAACAUUGCAAAGAUCAAUGUAACUCCUGGUUCAGCCUGCCACUGCAUAGAACCAGGAUGGUUCCGCUGUUGUUUUACUACUUUAACUGAAGAAGACAUUCCUGUAGUCAUAGAACGGAUCAGCAAAGUUGCAGAAACAUUUAAAUCUCCUGGUUGAAAUGUAAAGUCAUACGUUCAAACUUUUUCAGCAAUUGCUACGUAGGAGAUCAUUUUUUGA